GCGGCCGCCGCCGCCGCCGACUCAGCCGCGUCCCCUCGGCGCUCCCGCCGCUCCGGGCGCAGCCAUGGCCCCGGCCCUCUGGCCGCGCCUCGGCCACGUCCUCUGGCUCGCCUGCCUCCUGCCCUUGGCCCCGGCUGGGGUGGCCGCAGGGCUGUAUGAACUCCACCUCACCACCGAUGGCCCUGCCACCACGGGGGCAGAGGUGACCAUCACAGCCAGCCUAGUGGCCAACGACAACGGCAGCCUGGUCCUGCCCACCAACUCCCGCCUCUACCGCUUCCACUGGAUCCAUACCCCGCUGCUGCUCAUGGGGAAGACUGAUGAGCCUUUCAGCUCCGCUAUCCGAGCUGUGGGGAACAUGCCUGGGGACUUCCCCAUCUCUGUCUGGGUCACCGCUGCCGACUGCUGGACGUGCCAGCCUGUGGCCAGGAGCCUCCUUGUCCUCCCUAUCACAGAGCUCCUCGUGGGGAACCUUGUUGUCACCCAGAACACCUCCCUGCCCUGGCCCAGUUCUUACCUCACCAAGACUGUCCUUAAAGUUUCCUUCCUCCUCCAUGACCCAAGCAACUUCUUCAAGACUGCCUCAUUUCUCUACAACUGGGACUUCGGAGAUGGCACCCAGAUGGUGACUGAAGAUGCUAUGGUCUAUUACAACUAUUCCAUCAUUGGAACUUUCACUGUGAAGCUCAAGGUGGUGGCAGAGUGGGAACAGGCAACGCAGAAUGCUGGGAAGGGCAUUGUGCAGAAGACAGGCGACUUCUCUGCCUCACUGAAGCUGCAGGAAACCCUACGAGGCAUCCAGGUCUUGGGGCCCACCCUAAUUCAGACCUUCCAAAAGCUGACAGUGACCUUGAACUUCCUGGGGAGCCCCCCUCUGACUGUGUGCUGGCGGCUCAAGCCCGAGUGCCUCCCGCUGGAGGAAGGGGAAUGCCACCCGGUGUCCGUGACCACCACAGCCUACAACCUGACCCAUACCUUCAGGGAUCCGGGGGACUACUGCUUCAGCAUCCGGGCUGAGAAUGUCAUCAGUAAGACGCAUCAGUACCACAGGAUCCAGGUGUGGCCCUCCAGCAUCCAGCCGGCUGUCUUUGCUUUUCCGUGUGCCACGCUUAUCACCAUGAUGCUUGCCUUCAUCAUGUACAUGACCCUACGGAAUGCCGCUCAUCAGAAGGACAUGGUAGAGGUGGCUGAUUUUGACUUUUCCCCCAUGUCUGACAAGAACCCGGAGCCGCCUGCUGGGGUCCGGUGCUGCUGCCAGAUGUGCUGCGGGCCCUUCUUGCUGGAGACUCCAUCUGAGUACCUGGAGGUUGUCCGGGAGAACCACGGGCUGCUGCCACCCCUCUACAAAUCCGUCAAAACUUACACUGUGUGAGCACCCCCCAGUCCCAUGUUAGCGUUAACUGACCACGAACUGGGCACUUCAGACAGGGUGGUGCAUGCCACCAAGCAGGAGGGGUACACAUGGGUGGGGCUGUCCACCCUGCUGGCCACACAUCUGUACUUCCAGCUGCCGCCACCACCCCCCCUUCAGCCCUACAUCCCUGCCAUCCAUCCAUCUGUACAGUUCAGCCUCUGCCGUAAGACCUCCUCCAUCAGCCCUACUCCACCCCUUGCCUUUGAAGAACCCUAAGCAGGAACCUGACACUCAACGGGGUGCCUCCUCUCUCCCAGGUGUGCCUGGCUGCCCCUCACGCAUCCUUCCCACAUGGGCACCUCUGCCAUCCAUCUAGGGUCCAAGCUUCCCUCCACAGCGUGGCCCUGCCAAGGUCAGAGAACUGGGAGGAAGGUUACCAAUGGUGAAGGCUACAUCACAAAAGCUCAAACAUACAGAGACAAGCAUAUGCAUACACACACAGAGAUGCACACAUACGUGUCACACAGGUGUCUCAGAUGAUGUCUUCUGUAUCAGUUAUGUUGGUUGCUGUGUCCUGAAUUAGAACAAAAAUGACACCAGACUUUCUCCACUUGGCCUCUGCAGCUCCUGGGCCUGACCCUUCCCUUUGAGUGCUGUCCAUGUGGCUCCUAGGGCCUGUUCUAAACAACACACUGUUUCCUGCCUGCUUGUGGGGGGUGGGGGUGGGGCGGUUUGGGGUGGACAGGGCUGAUGCUUCAUGAGCACAGAGUGCUUUAUAAAUAGCAUCUGCUUUUACUGAGACUAUGUUCACUUCCAUUGAGGAAAAGGCCUCGCAGCAAAGGAGGAGCAAGCCAGUGGGGACUUGGGUUCACUGUGGGGUUUGGUGUUCUUGCCCCCAGGGGUGACCUUGAGAAGGAGGAGGCAGGACUGGAGGGAGCCUGCUGGGGCGGGGGGGAGAGCUUGCACAGAGGGCAGGUACAGGUGCAGAGAGAGACCACAGUGAGGCCCCCCAUAGCCCCGCAGGAGUGCAGGGAGCAACUGGGGCCAGUUUGGGGGGGAGGGGGCAGGGCUAUGGGGGCGUGAAGCUCUGUUGCCGUAAUCUUCGCUCUCAGACUUUGUGCAGACAACAGCAUUCUCGCUGUCAUGCAGCUCAUUCUCAUGAAAUAACUGCCAUUGUUGCUGAAUAAAGCUUGUGUGCUCUCAACAUAGCCAAGCAGAU